GUGUGCAAGUUGAUGUUUGGGUUAUCGCAACAUAUAUCUUUGUUAUAAUAGUCCCUAACAUCACAUUCUUCUAUUGUUUCCAAAUACUUUCAGCUACUUCUGACUUACCAGAAUUCAGAACACCAAACCAAAGAUGGCUGAGACUAUCCUGAGUGUUUUUGCUGAUGAAAUACUAGGCAAGCUGAUUUCAGUUGCUACUGAGCAGAUCAGCCUUGCUUGGGGUUUCAAGGAGGACCUGACACGGCUUCUUGACUCAUUGGAGAUGAUUCAAGAUGUGUUGGCUGAUGCAGAGAGAAGGCAAGAGAGUGACCGGUCUGUGAGGCGCUGGCUACAGAGGCUUAAAGAUGUUGCUUAUGAUGCUGAUGACGUGCUGGACGAGUUUGCUUACGAGAUUCUCCGGCGAAAGGUAGAGAUCCGAAACCAAAUGAAGAGAAAGGUACGCUUUUUCUUUUCAUUUUCAAAUCCCAUUGCAUUCCGUAUCAAGAUGGCAAACAAAGUUAAGACUAUUGGUGAUUCACUAAAAAGGAUUAAUGAUACAGCAAAUGGUUUUGGACUUACUAGAGCUGGAUCAGUAAAUGAUAAUCCUGAGAUUAUCUCAAGUCACCAAGUGACAGACUCCUUUCUUGAUCAUUUAGGAGUUGUAGGAAGGGGAAAUCUUGUUUCAAGUAUAGUGGACUUGUUGAUUAAGGCAACCAAUCCACAACCCUCGGUCAUUCCUAUAGUUGGAAUGGCAGGUCUAGGAAAAACAACUUUAGCAAAACUAGUUUACAAUUACGAACUAGUAAAGAGACAUUUUGAUGAAACAAUAUGGAUAUGUGUCUCGAAUAAUUUCGAUGAUAAAAGGAUUUUGAGAGAGAUUCUUGAAUCCCUUACUCAUAAUUCAAGUACAUUAAAAAAUAAGAAUGAAAUACUUGAAUGCCUUAAAAAACAGUUGAAAGGUAAAAGAUAUCUUCUCAUACUUGAUGAUGUAUGGAAUGAAGAUCCUGUGAUAUGGGAUACUUUAAUGAGUGGUUUGCUUGCAAUUAGUUCAAAUUGGGGAAAUUGCAUUAUUGUAACAACCCGUAGUGACAACGUGGCAAGAAUCAUAGAGACACUUCCUCGACAUCACUUGAAUAAACUACAAGAAGAAGAAUGUUGGUCCAUAAUCAAGAAAAGACUAUCUGCAAUUCCAUUAAAUCCAGAUUUGGAGGCUAUUGGAAGGAAAAUUGCUAAAAAAUGUGGAGGGAUUCCAUUAGUAGCAACAAUUUUAGGAGGGACAAUGUCGCGUAAAAAGGAGAAAAGUAAAUGGUUGGCAAUUGAAAAUAAUGAAGUUUGGAAUUCACUACAAGAUAGCAAUGAAAUGUUACCAAUAUUAAAAUUCAGCUUUGAUCAUCUUCCAUCACAAUCUCUUAAACAAUGUUUUUCAUAUUGUUCAUGUUUUCCUAAAAAUUAUGACAUAAAAAAGGAAGAAUUAAUUCAACUUUGGAUGGCUGAAGGGUCCCUUCAACCAUCUCAAGGAAGUCAUUUAGUGAUGGAGGAUAUUGGUAACAUGUAUUUUGAUAUCUUGUUGUUGAGUUCCUUUUUCCAAGAUGUGAAACAAGAUGAGUUUGGUAAUGUUAUUAGCUGUAAGAUGCAUGAUUUGAUACAUGAUCUUGCGCUCUCAAUUUCAAAAUCUGAGACCUUAAUUUUGAAGGAGGAUUUGGGGAAUGAUAUCAACCAUGUAAGGCAUUUAUUCAUCCAAUUCGAUGGAAAAAUUGUACCAAGAAUUCCAUUUUCAAAAGAAGGAGUCAAAAAAUUGCGCACAUUUAUUUCAGAAGAUGUUGCACUUGGCAUUAAGUUAUUAGAUUUUAAAUGCGUACGUGUUCUGAAAUUAUACGGGUAUACUAAAAAAGAAUUGCCAAGUUCAAUUGGUCAAUUAAUACAUUUGAGGCUUCUCCACCUCUCAAGUACCUCCAUCGAAGCAUUGCCAAAGUCCAUCACCAAGCUUUACAAUUUGCAAACUUUAAUAAUUGAGUUUUGCAAUUAUCUUAAAGAGCUUCCAAAAGACCUGAGGAAAUUGAUUAACUUGAGACAUAUUUAUAUCAAGAGAACACCUAAAGAUAUAGGGAAAUUGACGUGUCUACAAACAUUGCCAUUUUUCACUGUGGGUCAAGACGCAGGUCAUAGGAUUGAAGAAUUGGGAUGCUUAAAUCAACUUAGAGGAGAAUUACACAUCUAUUGUGUAGAACACGUGAGAGACAAAGAAGAAGCCAGAAGUGCAAAUUUAGUAGAAAAGGCCAAAAUAUACAAGUUGGGAUAUUAUUGGAGUGAGAAAAGUGAAGGCAACCACAAUAAUGACGAAGAGGUGUUGGAAGGUCUCCAACCUCAUCGAUAUUUGAAGAGCUUAACAAUCCAAUACUAUCAAGGAAAGAAAUUCCCACCAUGGAUGUUGACAGGUCAAAAUGCCAGGCGUGGUUUUUCACUAUUUGACAAUUUGAUUGAGAUCAAAUUAAAGGCCUGCAACAAAUGCGAGGUUCUUCCCACAAUGGGGCUUCUAUCCUCUCUUAGGGAUCUUGAAAUAAUAGAAAUGGAGAACCUAACAUGUAUAGGUACUGAGUUUUACGGCAACUAUAAUAAUGGCAGUUGCAGAAAUGCAUUGUUCCCAUCAUUGAAAAAACUUAGUUUGCAGAGCAUGCCCAAUCUAGUGGAAUGGAAGGACGCAACGGUGCCAACAAGGACAACAGGAAUGGUGUUUCCUCGCCUUGAAGAGUUGAUCAUUCGAGAGUGUAGCCAACUCACAAGUGCUCCAUGUCAUUUUCCAUCCCUUGAGAAAUUAGAUAUACGCAGAAUCUGCAACACGGCAUUCGAACAGAUUAGUAGCAAGCUUGACAGACACGGGUCCCUACGUAUUUCUAAUAUUUCAAAACUUGCUUCUAUACCAGAGAAGAUUUUGCAGAGUUCGAUGCAUAUGGAGAUAUGGAAUUGUGAUGAUUUGGAGUCCAUUUCGUCACAUGAGGAUUCACAGGUCAUAUACAACAAUCUCAAUUCGCUCCAUAUAUAUGGAUGUGAGAAAUUGAGUUAUUUUCCGGAACUCAAUAUCUGUAGGGAGAUGAAAGUAGAGCGUUGUCCUAAUCUAAAGUCCUUUCCAAGUGAACCAAAACAAAGCUUUUGGACCCUUCUACGCUUGGAGAUAUCAGAGUGUGGUGUUGAAGUUCUAUCUCAGAUACAAUCUUGUGCGUUUCUUGAAGAAUUGAUUAUAAAGCGAUGUCCCAAUUUGAUAUGUAUUCUGGAGCUACAAAAUUUGUAUAGACUUACCCAAUUAGAAAUCAGCGAUUGUCCAAAUUUGGUAUCAACUUCAGAAUUGCAUUAUCCUACCAAUAUAAAAAUUAGAAAUUGUGGAAAGUUGACUUGUCUGCCAAAGGUGUACUCUUUCCGGUUAAAGUAUUUGGAGAUUGGUCCGUUUUGUGAGGAGCUGGUUGCUUUCCCCGGUCUCAUCGAAUACACUCCCUCUCAACACUCGUACGAGUCCCUCCAAAUUCUACAAUUGUAUGGGUGGACUAAACUCAACUCUCUCCCAGACGAAAUUCAAUGCUUCACCGCCCUUACAAGACUGGACAUAUCUGAAUUUGACGGAAUGGAAGCUUUGCCUGAGUGGUUGGGCAACCUUUCUUCUCUUCAAUUCCUGUAUCUUUGCAACUGCAACAACCUGACGUAUCUGCCCACAGCGCAAGCCAUGGGACGCAUCACCAAAUUAGAGAUUUAUUAUUGCUCCAAAUUAAAGGAAAGAUGUGCAAAGGGGAGUGGUGCAGAGUGGUCCAAAAUUGCCCAUAUUCCAAUUAUCUGGAUUGACGAUUAUCUUGAGGAAGCUAUUUGAAGAUCUACAUAAAUUAUCAUCAUUGAAGAAGAUGAGCGUUUUUCCAAAAUGGGUUGCCUGGAUGUGCAGAACUAGAAAUGGCAAUUUAAUUGCCCCAAAUUAAAGGAAAGAUGUGCAAAGGGGAGCAGCGCAGAGUGGUCCAACAUUUCCUACAUUCCAAAUAUCAGAAUCGAUUAUGAAUAUAUCUACAGUUAUUCCUUUUUCUGUCACAAAGGGAAACAACAACAAAAAAAAGAAGAAGAAGAAAUUGGAAACUUCUCUUCUUCAAAGCUGCAUACAAACAAUUUUCAAGAGCUUCAUGUGACGACUCACCAAAUUAGAGGAGUUGCUUAUUUUCUGGCGUCUCAUCUCCUGUCAAAGAAAAGAUUGCCCAUUUUCCAUUAAUGCAGGAACAUUGUGGAUUCUUGUCCAUAAUCAAGCAUAUUGACACAACCCAAGUUUGGGGCCUAUUCUUCUUGUAGUGAUCUAAGCACCAGUUUUCAAUCAGCCAAAAUUUGACACCUAAACACGUACAUAGUUGGAGGCAUCAUAUUUUUAGGAUAUAUUUAAGCUAUGCCAGAGUGGUGGGUUAGCUUUUUUAUCUGCUCAGGAGCAGAAUUUUGGGGUACAAGAAUGCUAUUAUCUGGCAGCAAAAGAAGAGGUAUAAUUCCAUCUAAAUGACAUGCUGUUUGGUGCUAAUCAAGUGAAAGGUUUGUCAGAGAGUUCAAGUGAAGUUAUUGCCAUGUGAUGCUCUCACUUUAAAAGAAAAGCUGGAUAUUUCUUAUUGCGCGCGGUCCAGAUGGGUGUUAACUUGAUGACAAUGUGAUUGGAGUUCGUACAAUUGUAGCUGUCCAUCCAUAAUGGCCCCAAGGAAAGAUGUGCUUGAGUUGACGCUAAAUGGUUCGACGACUGAGUGGAUAAAAGGUGAAGCUGUUUGAAGUUCACAUAUAUAUUGUUAAAACAAUAUGGGUUGUAAGUUUUCUUGAAUUUAAUCCCCUGCUCUGAUACUCUCCUUUAAAUCAAACAAAUCUAUAUUUAUCUAAAAAAUGUUUAUGUUGAGCUACAUUAGCAGCCAUGUUAUCAUUUUCUUUCCAUUCUUUCUUAAAAAAAAUAUGUAUAUAAAUAUUAAUGUAUGCAAUAACCUUUACUCAUUUUAUAAACUAAUUAAAACUUAUCAAUUAUGAUGACUAUCACUUUUUACUACCCUGACUUUACACAGCUUGAACCUAAAUGUAACUUAUAAUAGAAGACACAAUUUAUUUAUAUUUAGUUUAUACUCGCCCACAAAAAAAAAAAAAAAAAAAAAAAAAAAAAAUCUCAUUCCACCAUUGUAUUCAUAUUCGUAUACUAAUGCAGUAUUCAAGGUCAGGUUGAAGGGUCCAGUUUUACUCUUACUUAGAGAAUCAUAUGUCAUUUUCAUCGACAUCAAGAGAUAGAGAUAAUAAAGCUCUUAACAAAAGUUCACUUUGGUUUAUUUGGUCAACUUCAGUCCAAUUCAGUCCAUUUGGUUCACUUUGGUCCAAUUCGGUCUAUUUUGCCCACUUCGGUCCAAUUUGGUAUUCUCUUCCACUUCGGUUUAUUCGGUCACUUCGGUCCACUUGGUCGGCUUCAGAUGAAUUCGGUUCAUUUGGUCCACUUCGAUACAUUUUGGUUCAUUUCGGUCUACUCAGUCUAAUUUGGUCCGUUCGGUCACUACCUUUGAGUAAAGACACGCGAAGCCUUACAGUACCGUCAAAGUUGGAUAGUUCAACUGUUCAAUUUGAAAAGGAGAUGGAAGGAGAUAAAAGAUUGGUCAUGUCCAAGAAUCAUAAUAGGCAGACUUUUAAAUUGAUUCCAAGGCUAUUUCUUUUUCUCACUUAAUUUGAUGUCUGACAUAUGAGGCUGCACACAAAUCAAACAUUAUGUGAGUGUGGCCUAAGCUCAAGUUGCUGCCUCUUCUACUUAAACAAGCAUAAUUAACAUAUUUUGUAAUCAAAGAGUGGAUGACUUUCCGCUAUAGUUGGAGAACCUUUCAUUUAUUUGAUGAGCUGCCACUGAAUGGUUGCUAGAAGCUAAGAUAUCUACCAGCAGGGAAAAUAACUGAUGCUGGUAAUCUUUCAUUUCUUAACUAGAGAUCAUUUACUUCAGCACAGAUAGUUCAAGGUUACCCAUGUUCCCAAUAUCUAGAUAAACUCUUGAUUCCUAUUCUAAGCUCAAAUUUUUUGCUUAAAAAUAGACUAGCUUAUGAACCUUUUCUUUUUAAUAAUAUCCUUAGAAUUUUUGUUUCAAACUCGUGUUAGUUGUGUGCUCAUAUAGUGUAACAUAUUUUGCUGCAUAGCAUACUUAUAUCCUCAAAAUUUUACUCCCUACCAAAAAAAAAAGAAAAAAAAAAAAGAAGAAGAAGUAUUUUGUUUGAAACUUCUUGAGAUUAUUUGUGUGCAUGUGUUUAUUCUGGUCUAACAACAAUGUAUUGAUUACGGCUCUUUAGUUAUUCAAAUUUCAAGCUUCACCAAAGUUUGUUAAUGUUCUGAAUUCAUAUAAGUUAGUUUUGAAUUUGAGAAAUCAUUGGUGACAAAUUAUUUAUUGUAUUUUACUUAGAUUUGUUGAUGAACUACAAGUCCAGUUCACUGUACAGUACACUAUAAGUACAACUUGGGAUUCGAAUCAAAUUGAACAAGAGGUUAACAUCUUUUUUCUUUUGAGAUCAAAUUAUAAUGCUGGAUCAACUGGAACCAUAACUUGAAUGUAUCUGCAAGUGUUGACUGGCUGUACGUAUCACCAUUCACAAUGCAUCAAGAAUCUUGACAAUUCAUCCAUUUUUCAAAUCUUAAGUUAUGGUUUCCCAACUUAAAGUCUCUGUAGCAGUGACUUAGCACUUUUCCAAAUAAUGGGUCUUUAGACUUCUGCAAGAAAUUGAAGAGCCCAAUAAAGAAGAACCAAUUGUUUUGAUGCAUUUUCUUCUGAGAUCAAGUUAUGGAUUUUGACCCGAGCCAGAAGAUAAAGAGCCCAAUAAAGAAGAGCAACUUGAUGUUCUAUUUUGAUGCAUUUUUUUACCUCAAAUCAAGUAAAGGGUUUUGGUAAGCCAUAUUACUGUUUCUGAGUUUUCUUUCUUUUGUAUAUUGUUUAUUUUUAUACCUAAAAAUCAAUAAUUGUUUUUAAGAAUGCUGGUUUGAAGAAUGAAUGAUUUCCCUUCUCCGGCCCUCACUAAACAACCUUAGAAGGGAUAGCUAAUGUGUUCCACUAAUUGAACAGGGUUCUUUGGUCGGUUUGUGACCCCUGGAGGCCAAAGGUUUCCUAGGAUGAUCUCCUAGCUCCUACAAGGUGGAGAUGAUGGGAUUGGCCCAUGAAUUUUCCUUCCUUUUGCCGCAUUUCUCUCUAAGGAUUCAAGCUGGCAUAAGUUGUUGACAACCAAAAAUAUGUCAGAAUUCCUAACAGUUCAUCCACCUAAUCUUAUGUUGUUAUCAUGGCCUCAUCAAGCCCUUUGUUCCAAUGACUUCAACACUUUACUGUACACCGAGUCUUCUCUUCUCAUCAGCCUUGUUGUCUUAACUAAGAGGCCAACUUGUUUGGGUGCCCCAGUUCAUACUAAGGUUUGGAGGAUAAUUCCCUACAGUUAGUAGAUAAGGGGGGAAAAAGCAAGAUGCACAACAGUGUGGUAUAAGGCAUAUCCUUACUUCAUUUGAUCCACCUGAGUGGCUAGAUAUAUGCAUGAACAUGCUAGCUUGUUAGAACUUCUGACAAAUGGGUUCUUCUCAGUGUUGCACAAGCAUAUCUAACAAUAUAGCCACUCCAACCUUGUCUUUCUGUCUCAUGCUUUCUGUCUUUGGCAUCAUCAACCAUCAUUGAAACUCACUCAGAAGUCAGAAAUAGAACUUGCCCUUAGAAAGACAAAACUGGGACUCUCAAGAUUAUAGGCCAAGUAUAUGGCUCAUGAUCAAAAGCUUUUACAGUGUUUAUCCCUUUUCUUGAUAUUGAGAAAUUUGUCAUUGUAGCUCAUUGUAUAUAAAUAGCAUUUAACAGGAAUGUUUUGUUUUGUACUUUUGAUCAUUUUCAAGAUGUUGUUUCAUUAUUAAAUUGUGUUUCCUGUUAGACAUUGGCCGUUUAACUCUUGGCCACAA